AUGAGAAGGGUUACGCUGGUUAUCCGUCUGUUUUCCAUUCUGCUGAUAACUCAGUCAAUCUUUGGGUGUCCCUUGAAGCACGAUCAUGUUGAAAGGAAUCCUGGAUUGUCUACCGAUGACACUGAGGUAAAACAUAUAUUCAGAUCAACUUGUCUUUAACUCUUUCACUGCCAAAUUUAGCUAAAAGAAAAUUUCGACCAAAUGUCCAAAUUUCAUUUUCUGAAAUUUUAAAAAACAAAUAGCACCAUGUGUAACUACAGGCAGAGAACUUUCAUUCGAAAGGUCACAUCAUAGGAUUUCGUCCGCAGACGUCAUCAAACAUUCCGGCAGUGAAUGGGUUAAAAUGAGAUACGGUCAGCGCUAAAGUCAAUUUUGAUGACUUCUGUUUAAAUCGCACUUCGCAAAUUUAUUAAUAAUUUAUAAAGAAAAUACAAAGGAAAUUAAUACUUAAUGAGUGUUUGAAAAUCAGACUGGAAAUUCUGCUCAUUUUGCAUCCUUAAUUUCUCCUUCUAGAAUCAUUUUGUUUGCGAAGUAAUAUCAAGCAUUCGACACAGUGUUCCCGGAGUAACCACUCGAACUAUUCGGUAAUCGAACUUUAUCGAAUCCAAUCGAACUUAAUCGAACGUUUGGGUUCGAUUAAGUUCGGUAAUCGAACACAAUCCAACCAAAAAAUUUGCGUGAGAGUUCGAUUAAGUUCGUUCUCCAAACUCAAUCGAACCAGUCGAACUUAUAAUCGAACGUUCUAAACCAACACUCAAAAUAGACGACUUUAUUUUGAAAAGUCCUUUUAGCGUACAAAGAAUCAGGAAAGCAGUAAAGAAAUCACCGCGAAAUCAGCAAAGAAAAAAAAAGAAUCAGGUGAAACGAACAAUAGAUUGACUGUACAAACGUGGAAGAGUUCGGAACGUGCUGGUGCGAUUGACGGUGACGUUACCUAAAAAAACUAAAAGGAACGCUGUGAAGUUAAAAACUCAGUCUUUAACGAAUCAGACUAUUCACUGUUCGAUUAGCGAACUUAAUCGAACCCAAUAAUUUGAUUAAGUUCAAGUUUUUAAACUUAAACUCACCACUGUACAAAAAAAAGUACUACUUCAUGUACUGGGACUUGCAGGAUGUGAAACUGGCGGGAAAGAGAAAAAUUGUCUAGUCCUGCGUCGAGUUUUGGCUCGAGUCCUAGCUUGGUAUAUAGGCAUCCUCGUGCUCUCGUCCUGAUUUUAAAGUCAUGGUUAUUACUAGUUCUUGUCGCGGGCCAGUCAGAUCCACAGAUGUGGUAAAGUCAAACCGUUUAAUAGAAUAGCCAUGAAUUAUCUUGUAAAGUUAAAACAAACCAAGGUAUUUCCUUCUGAGCUCCAAUGAUGACCAGUUUAGUUCAGAGAGCCUUUCAGAGUAAGAAUAAACUUUUCUAGCUGAGGAAGCUUUCACGCAGGCCAGUAUUCUAACGGCGGGAUAUAUGGAAGGCCGAGAAAUAUGUAAUGUAUCAAGUUUACGAAACCUCUAUGAUAUUGCUGUAAGCACUAGAAGUACCUGUCAUUUUACACCUUAUCGAGGUUUUGUUUUUUAAAGAAAUAUCUCAUGGAGAGUGUUGAAAAUGCAAUUUCCGAAGCUCUAGAUUUAAAAAUUUUCUAAGGUAGAAUGCCCCCAGACCCCCCUACAAGCCCCCCCAGUUGUAAAUACGCUCCGCCUUCCCUGUUAUCAGAUCCACAUAUCAAUCGAGUAGCACGACGCUGGAUGGAUUCAAAGGCAUAUUCUAGAAUAGGACGAACUAAAACACAGUUAAAAUCUGUUUUUAUUGCCACAGGAUCUUUGGACCCAAACGUUCUCCUUAUUAGACCCAACAAUCGACUGAGUUUGAUUUGGUUCGAGUGGUUACGCCGGGAGUGUUUCAUCACCAGAUGAAACACCUCGAUCGCGAAGUUCGUCAAAAAUUCUCCGCUGUGCGUCGCGUCGUAUUUUCAACUCUCUCAGUCAGUGUUUCAUCUGUUGACCUGCGUCUUAUGUUUGAUAUAUAUAUAUAUAUAUAGUCGAUGGUUAUGAAUAUUCUUAUCAUUAAAAUCCCCUGAAGAGUGAGAGAUCACGAAACAGGCUUGUCGGGAUGAAAGUGUAGUUUUUUCCUACUUCCAAUAUAUACAUAUAUAUAUAUAUACAGCUGUUUGCAAAAAUUUUGAACCUCUCAGAUAUAUGAACAUAUAUUGGUGUGAUCUGUUAAUAUGGUAAGGUGUAAUUUACCCAUUGGCAAAUAUUGUUUUCUUUUGAUAUAAGAAUGCAUGCAUGAGGAUGCAGUUACAGGCAGGUGUGAAUUUCUGCUGUUUAAAGACUUUUUGCACUUAAAAAUGAAUUUAUAUAUAUUAUAUGACAGUUUCUUUUGGAGGUGUUAUCUACGAUAAUGCAACUCAAUGUUCUAAUCGAAUCUCGGUUGUUUCAGUGAAGCAAAAUGAUCCUGAAUCUGAAAAUAUAACAUCCCCAAACUCCAGCCUCCCGUUCAAAAUCUUAUCUCGAAACUCUCUCCUCUUUUUUCUCCAAAACACCUCGUUCAUCCCCUUGUCGGGAGUUUGUUUACAAAUUAUAUGUGAGUGUGUAGUGCUGUGAGUGGAUACUAAGUAGUCUAGGAAGUCUUGCACCAUAACGUUUGCCAUCAGUUCUUGGUGAUUUCGCUAAGGAUCGCAGCGAUAAUUUUAGCCCUUCCGAUUUCAUUUCUGUGUCCCAAAUGUAUUGAAACACAUAGAGGUAAAAAAUAGUAACAAAAAAUACUCAUUCCAGUUUGUAUUCAGUGGAGUGACAAAAAAAUGGACAUACUUUUCUUUACAGGGCUCGUCCUCGAUCUCUGCUGUUAAAGAUGGCGAGGAGAAAAACAAGCAACGAGGUAACUGAAUUCCGGGGGGGUACUCCUGGAAUUUCUUGGUGGGGGUAUGCCACCAGGUUCUCCAAAUCCUGACCCUAUUUCAGACCAAAAAAUGUAAUUUUCCACACCCGUUCCAAAACUAGACCUCUAAAUCCAUACCAGUCAGUUUCAGACCUGGCCUUUAGGCAGAAAUUAUGUAAUCAUUACUUAGAUUAGAGCACAAACAAAAAAAUUCUUCAAAUCCAUUUCGAAUUCGCAUAUAUCUCUUUCUUUCCGACUCAUUUAGAAUUGCAAUGAUAAGGACGUUUGUACACUCCCGUAGUUCCGUCAAAAGCCAUAACCGAUUCCAGACCAAAAUGUAUGGGCAAAUUGUAUACCCGUUUUCAGACCAAAACGGCGUAAAAACCCCUACCCGAUGGGAAGCACCUACCUAUAUAGCUAUAUAUAUGGGAAAGAUUUUUACCCCAAUAAUGGACUGAAUUAUGCAUCAAUUGUUCCGAAAAAAACAUUCAUCUUCUUCAUUUUAAAAGCACGUUCCCUACGAUAGCAUUUAUCUCAGUGACCUUUCAGAGAAACUUAAGGCCAAGGCCCUGUACGCCGUCUUCCCAGGCCCUCGUGGUCAGUGCAUUUCGGUGACGUAUCCGAGACGAACGGCCGGACUCGAACCACGUGAUCCGCAACGCAUUGGCGGCGAGGAAUAAUGAGGCUAACCACCAGGAAACUAAAGAAAGUUAAAAGAAGUAACUGCACAGGCUGUUUUGUGGACCAAACUGUUCACUAGAUUUUUGAGUAUGAAACUCUGAAAAUUUGUCUUGUUUUUAGAUUGGCUCAGUGGUGGCUUGGGCGUUCUUAAGGAAGUUUCAGGCCAGCUUAAUAAAGAAGAGCGUAAGGUCACCAUCAGUGUUGUGAAUAAGAGUGGAUAUAAAUGGCAAGCAAUCAACGCCUACAUAAAACAUGGGACGGCAGAUCUUGCUCUACCUUAUGAAGUUCCUAAAGGUAAAAUUAAUGUUAAUAACAGAAAAGUUUGAAAGCCUUUCUUUUAGCACAAUUUUUUUUUCUAUAAGAAUAUAUUUGUUACGUUAAAACCCUUGAAUGCAGAGGCCCACUCAAGGCGUAAAUAAAACCGAUCCCGGAUCUCUAAUGUACAGGUGCUAAUGCCAAACGUCACUGAUUUGACUGCGAAUUAGAACAAAACUGAAUGCAAGGGUGGCAAUACGGCUCUUGUUUAUUAUUGCCAUAGUGAUAUCGAUUUCACUUAAAACUGCAUUUUGACAAACGUCAAUUCAUGGGCAAUCACAGAUGAAAACUGCUUUAUAGGGAUCGGACAACGAUAAAAUCACUUUCCAAGCGAUGGAAAAAUAUUGGUAUGGUCUCCGAACAAUGGUAAUUGAAAAUCCAAAUACAUUUCAAAGCGAGAAUAUUAUAAGCUAAAAUUUAAGAAUAGGAAUAACUCAAGAAUAUUUUCAGCCUUGAAUGGACAGAAGAAUAAGAAUAUUCAGCCUGGGCCGGAAAAACAACAUUUUCAUAAAAAGAAAAGAGUGUUAUUAUAAAACUUGUGAGGCCAUAAGCACGAUUGUGUCAUCAUUUAUAAGUAUGUUUGUACCACUAGAAUCAUUUCUUUUUCCUUUCAUAUUUAAAUUUUAUAAUCCCUAAGAGGUUUGAGAAACAAUUUCCUAGUUUGUCCAAAGAAGAAAAACCCUGAAAGAUUCUAGUAGUAGAAAUAGUAGUAAAAUAUAGCCGGUCGACAUGUGAAUGACCUAUUACUGGAUGAAACCACAGGCAAACUCAGCGCCGAGCUUACACUACCGGAGGAAAACAAACUGUAGAAGAGGAUUUGUCCAUCGUUGAAACAACUUUCAGACAUCAGGGAUUAAUUCAAUAAAAUUUUUACAAGUGUAUUACAAGUGUAGCUACUGUUUUCAGACUCUAAAACAAUAGCUAAACUUGUAAAUUACUCUUGUAACAGGUUUAGUAAAUUGACCCCGGUUGCAGCGGAGAGGGAAAAUGACUUAAGGGAUUGAAAGAGCUUCUUAAACCAAGUGGUGUGUAAAAAACGUUCAGAGUUCUCACCCAGUUGAGUGUUAUAUUCGGGAAAAGAGUAGCAAUCAGCAACACAAAAUUUCUGGGUGGCAAAAACUGUUUAUGAUCCCACACAUUCUUCGUAAAAUUUUCGUUUCGAGUACAUGUCCCUAUUCUGUGAUUCUCGUUUGCCAUGUGACGAAUGAUCAUGUUUAUAAUUUUUGUUUAACUGCUAAUUUUUUGCUUGCAUGUUUCUAGGUGGAUCUUUGAAUUACGGCGCACGAAAAACUGCGGGGCCCGUCCCAUUUGGUGCAGAAGGAGUAUUCUCAUACUACAUCCCAGGCAUCAAGAAAACACUUGCUGUUAUGUUUUCCGUUCCAUUUAACUACGCUGUCAACAGCAAUUGGGUUGAUGUUCAGCUUUACGAAGGGACAAUAACCGCCAACAAAGUUCUUUGGUACAAGAUGUAUCACAAUAAUCCCAACAAGUUCAAAGGGAAUAACAUGUGGUAUGAAAAGAACCUGGAAGCAGACCGUGGGGAAAAAGGGAUCCGUGCAAAGUUCUCUAUGUCCAGCUCCGGUCAGGCGACCAUUCAAAUGGAAAUACUGCCACGCAAGUCGUCGUGGUGGCCGUUUGGGUAAAGUCAGGCUAAGGCCCCGUCGUCCACACGUAUCCAGAUGUUUUUGAAUCCGCAACUUUUUUUACCCUGGGUACCACAGGUUUUUCUCGCGUGCGGCGGGAAUUUUCGAUGUUGGCCGAAGGCCGACAAAUCUUCGGCCGUGGGCCGAAGCCACGAGGGGCGAAGCUCACUAUAAAGACUUGACAAAACCGGAAAGGGGGCGCUAGGAGGUGCGGGAACCCUCUCUUCCCUCUCUCACCUCUCUGGCUUUUAUUUUUUCGGGUCGCACAACUUUUUGAACGCCUUUCCGGAUUCAGAAAAAUUUCCACUUCGGAUUAAAAAACGUGUAUCCGCAUUCAAAUUGAAUUUGCCCGUCCACCCGUAUCUGGAUGUUUUUGAAUCCGCAAAUUUUUCUUUUAUCGGACCGUCUUGAAUGAAUAUUCAUGGUAAAGAACUAGGCUCGAUCUUGCGACAUUAGUGGAUGAAAAAAAAAUAUCUGGAUUUAGCGGAUACAUGGUGGAUUCAAAAUAUCCACUCUGGAGAGCGGAUUCAAAGAUAUCUGGAUACAAGUGG